GGCCACCAGUCCCCUGGAGGAUAUAAAGAGCUGGUUGGGGAGCUGGAGGGAGACAGGCCAGGCUGCGGGAGGUUGCCCGGGACACAGCCACGAUGAUGCCGUCACUGAUCAUCUCUGUCCUGGCCCUCCUGGGCAGCACAGCCUCACUGCAUCUGGGUGGGGAGCCUAGGACCUCAUCCUCAGGAGAAUUUGGGGCUGGCGUUGGCACCUCCUUCUCCUUGGUCACCUACCACCAGCGGGGGAAAAUCACCGGCUUUCGGAUCCGGGAGCGGCCAGGCCGGAUCAUCCGGGGCAUCCAGUUUCAGUUUGAGCACUCCUGGUCCAGUUACUAUGGUUACGAAGGGGACGUCAUCCACGAGGUCCUCCUGGAUCCAGAGGAAGUCAUCACUCAGGUCUCCGGGAAACACCACUACUUCAUCUGUCAGCUCAUCUUUGGCACCAACCUGGGGCGGCAGUUCUACGUCGGCCAGCCUCUGGGCACGUCCUUCAACGCCCAACCACUGAGUGCCGAGGGCCAUCUACUCUAUGUUAGCGGACACCACGACAGCAUGGGCCUCACGGGCCUCUGCUUUCACUGGGAGGAGCCCAGGAAGCUCUAACAUCCGGGUCCCCUGCCGGGUCCAGGGCACCAGCAUGACCCUAGAUUGGGGGAAGGGAGGGUAGCGUUCGGGAGA